AAUCAAACCAGAACUGACUGCACAUUAAAAAUACCGACAUUAUAUUUCUUAGAGGAUAGUUGUUGUUGACUUCCAAACCUUUGCAAAAUACCAAAACUUAUCACUGCAUUGCCAUUUAUGAAGCAUACAAUUUCUCAUACAUUUUUAUCCUGUGACUCAGAAACAACCUGCAAGAUGGCUGAGGCUGUACUCAAGAGUGUGCUUGGAAGUUUGGCCUCUCCAGCUGUAGCAGAGCUGAAACCAUUUCUAUGUUUCAGGCGAGAAAAGGAAAAACUUGAGAGCAUGUUCACUGCAAUCAAGGCUACGCUUGAAGAUGCGGAAGAGAAGCAAUUCUCAGACAGAGCUAUAAAGGAUUGGGUGGGAAAGCUGAAAGAUGCAGCUUACGAGCUUGAUGAUAUUUUGGACGAGUUUGCUUAUGAACAAAUGCGGCUGGAAGAAGAAGAAAGUGAAGAAGUCAAGUGUUGUAUAUCAGAAAUGGUACUACGCUCUUCCUUAGCCUCUUUUCAUCCCAUGAAUCUUUAUUUCCGUUACAAUAUUGUUCGAAGAAUGAAUAUAGUAAGUGAGAGAUUAGAUCAAAUUGCUAGUGAAAAGAACCAGCUUCAUUUGACUUCCACGAUUCAAGAGGAAACCCGUGGAGUCCCUGAGUGGCGCCAAACCUUCUCAUUUAUCACUGAACCAAAGGUCUACGGAAGAGAGCAAGAUAUAAAAAAAAUUGUAGAGUUUUUGGCAGGUGCUGCCUCUCGUCCUGAGAAUUUACCCGUCUAUCCGAUCGUGGGUCAAGGCGGUCUUGGAAAAACAACACUGGCAAAACUCAUCUUCAAUCACAAUGAUCUCAAAGAUUUUCAGUUAAAAAUUUGGGUAUGUGUUUCUGAAGAUUUCGGUCUCGAGAGAAUAUUAAAAGCUAUCAUCGAAGCCGCAUCUGAGGACGUCCGCAAGGACUUGGGUCUGGAGGCAACGCAAAGAAGACUUAGAAAGCUGCUUACAGGAAAAAGAUAUUUGCUUGUUUUGGAUGACGUGUGGGAUGUGAUGAAGCAGAAUUGGAAGGAUAAUUGGCAGGUGCUGAGAUCUUUACUGGACUGUGGGGAAAAGGGUUCUUCUGUUUUGGUCACCACUCGCUUCUCAAAUGUUGCACAAAUCAUGGGAACAAUAAAACAUCCUCAUAUGUUACCAGAGCUAUCCGUAGAUUAUUGCUGGGAAUUGUUUAAACAUCAAGCCUUUGAAGCAGACGAGGUAGAACCAGAAGAGCUUGUGGUGAUAGGAAGGGAGAUAGUAAAGAAGUGUGGAGGAGUGCCUCUCGCAGCAAAUACAAUUGGUGGUCUUCUACGCUUUUACAGAAACAAGGAUAAGUGGCUCAAUAUUUUGGAAAGUAACCUUUUGGCGUUAUCAUUGAAUGAAAAGUCCAUAAUGCCUGUCCUUAGACUAAGUUACCUGAACUUACCAAUUGAACUCAGACAAUGCUUUGCUUAUUGUGCAAUAUUUCCCAAAGAUGAACGCAUAGAGAAGCAAUAUUUAAUUGAAUUUUGGAUGGCUAAUGGAUUAAUUUCAUCAGAUGGAAGGUUAGAUGCUGAAGAUGUUGGUGAUGAAGUGUGGAAUGAAUUAUAUAGGAGAUCACUUUUUCAGGAUAUAGAGACAGAUGAAUUUGGAAAAGUUACAAGUUUCAAGAUGCAUGAUCUUGUUCAUGAUCUUGCCCAAGUUGUUGCUGAUGAAGAGGUUUGUUGCAUUACAGCUGAGGAUUAUGCACCUGUUUUAUUUGAAAGAAAAAGAAUCCACCAUCUCUCGGAUUGUCGGUGGUGGCUCAAUUCAACCGAAUUGCAUCAAGUAAAAUCUUUGAGGACUUAUAUAAAGAGCACAGCAACUGAACUUUCUUCUGAUGUCUUGAAAUGUUAUUCUUUACGGAUGCUUCACGUAUCUGGACUUGAAGAAUUAUCCUCUUCAAUUGAUAAUUUGAAAUAUCUAAGUUACUUAAAUCUUUCUCGCGGUCGUUUCAAAACUCUUCCAGAAUCCCUGUGUAAAUUACUGAAUUUAAAGAUAUUGAAAUUAGAUAGCUGUCGGAGGCUCCAAAAGUUGCCUGACGGUUUGGUACGCUUAAAAGCCCUGCAACAACUGUCUCUUAAAUCCUGCAGGUCACUAUCAAGAUUGGCACCUUAUAUAGGAAAGUUAAAUUCUCUAAGAAGUUUAUCCAUGUACUUUGUUGGAGAGGAAAAGGGGUUCCUUUUAGCAGAACUGGGUCAACUCAAGCUUAAAAGAGAUCUUGAGAUCAAACAUCUGGAGAGAGUGAAAAAUAUAAAUGAUGCCAAAGAAAGCAAUAUGUCAAGUAAGCAACUGAAUAACUUGAUGUUGAGAUGGAGGACAGUUAGAGAAGGGGAACUAGAAGGGAAUGAUGAGGAGGUUCUUGAAGCCCUUGAACCUUGUACAGAGACACUUCAGAGUUUGAGAGUGGAAGGGUACCAAGGUGUCCGUUUCCCAGAAUGGAUGUCAAGUCCUUCCUUGAAAAAGUUAACUCAUCUAGAGCUGUGGUCUUGCACAAACUGUAUAAAACUUCCAGUGCUGAGGAAUCUGCGUUCGCUGAAGUGGCUAGAGAUAACCAAGGCAAAAUAUGUAAAAUACGUGCAGGAGGAGUGCUACGAUAACGAUGUAGGUUUCAUGCGUCUAGAAUAUCUAUCGCUCCGAAAUCUUCCAAGUCUAAUAAGGUUAUCAAGUGAGGAUGGGGAAAACCAGUUUCCGUGUCUUUCCGCACUUGACAUUGAGGAUUGUCCUCACUUUUCGUUGCAAGGGUUGCCGUCACUCAAGUUGUUAAGAAUGAGCAGAAAUCCUAAGUUGAAGGUGUGCCCAGGUUUGGAAUGUUUACCCUGUGUUGAGGAUUUGACGAUUGAAAGCUGUGACGAGGUGGAAGGUUUACAAUUUAUGACUGGCUUGAAGAAGUUAGCAUUAAUUCAUCUUAUGAACAUAACCUUGCCUGACUGUUUUGGAGACCUUCCCUUACUCCGUGAAUUACACAUUUAUGGGUUACUUGUUGAUGCGUCUUCCAACAAGCCUUAGCCUUAGCCGUCUGGAGGUAUUGUAUAUUCAAGAUUGUCAUCCUAAGUUACAGAUGCGAUGUCUGAAGGAAAGCGGAGAGGACUGGCCCGUAAUAGCUCACAUUCCUAA